UAAUCACACAGAGUUAUUUAUGAUUUUUUUGGUAACUAAUUCACAGCGCUAAACCUAAAAGGCGUAAAUUACUGCUGCCUCGAGGACGUCACAGAGCGGUUCAAACAGAGACAAGAUGGCGGCAGCAGCAGCGUCAAUGAUGCCGUACUUCGCGCAGCAGAUUUCUUCUAAAAACGACCUGGUCCCGGACUGGAUGGGCCAGGAAGUCAGCACUGGGACUACCAUCAUGGCGGUGGAGUAUGAUGGAGGAGUUGUGAUCGGUGCCGACUCUCGCACCACAACAGGAGCUUACAUCGCCAACAGAGUAACGGACAAGCUGACUCCGAUCCACGACCGGAUCUUCUGCUGCAGGUCUGGAUCAGCUGCUGAUACUCAGGCCAUCGCUGAUGUGGUCACCUACCAGCUGGGCUUCCACAGCAUUGAGCUAGAUGAGCCCCCAUUGGUGGAGACGGCAGCCAAUCUGUUCAAAGCCAGCUGCUACCGCUACAGAGAGGAGCUGAGUGCUGGGAUCCUAGUGGCUGGAUGGGACCGCAGGAAGGGGGGGCAGGUGUACUGCGUUCCUAUUGGAGGGAUGAUGGUGAGACAGCCUGUCUCUAUUGGAGGCAGCGGCAGCUCUUACAUCUACGGCUUCAUGGACUCAAACUACAAACCUGACCUGACCAAGGACCAGUGUCUGGAGCUCACUGCUGCAGCCCUGUCUCUGGCGAUGGAGAGAGACGGCUCCAGCGGCGGUGUGAUCAGACUGGCGAGCAUCUCUGAGGACGGAGUAGAGAGACGAGUCAUCCUGGGAAACCAGCUGCCCAAAUACUCCACACACUAAACACACACACACACUUAACACACAC